AUGAAAUUUUUUGGGUUUUUUUAUAAAAAACCUGAUAAGUCAGGUACUACUAUAUCUAAUUCUAAUGAUGGUCCCGUUAUUGAUGGUAUAAUUAAUGAACAAAAAUCAUUUGGUAUUAAAAGUUAUCUUCAUAAUUUUUAUCAAACUCCAACUGAUGAGGAACGUCCAGGUACAUGGUUACUUUUACCACCACCUCCAGCACAAAGACGAGGAAUGUUAUUUUGUAGAAUUUUAACUGUUCUUGGUAUUUUAUUAUUAAUGUCAGGUGCAAUUGGUAUUGUUGUUGGUUAUACCUGGCCACAUGAACCAAUUGAAGAAAGUUUAUAUAAGAUUGCUAUUGAUAUUGAUGAAGAUGGAAAUUAUUAUUUACCACCAGGUUCAUUGGCAUACCUUAUGAAAGAUCCUAUGAAACAAUGGAAAGUUAUUGGUUUUAUUUUAUUUGCUGCUGGUUCUGGACUUAUGGCAAUUGGUCUUUUAGUUCCAACUGUGGCACAAUUAUUAGGUGGUACAAGAUUAGCAGCUUUUGCUAGUGAAGAUGGUACACCUAAUGAACCACCAAUUAGAGUUUACUCUUCAAAUACCUGCCCUAAAAGUAUUAAUCCUCCAAAAAAAGCAGGCUCAAAUAAAAUAAGUCCAACUAGUGGACCAGUACCAGUAGCUGAAGAAUUAUCAAAAGUACAACCUUUAGAAAAAAAAUCAUUAGAAAAUUCAAUGACGGCAGAUGAUUUGUUAAUGUCUUCUGAUGAUACUACACCUUUUAUUAAAUAA